UAGUUACUCACUUCGAUCAGUUGAGAGUAGACGUGCUUUUCACAGAGCGACAAAAAUCUCAAAUUUCACAAUGAAAAGACAAAGAUCUUCCGAGAGAAAAAGCCAGAGUGUGUCUAAGAGGCGCAUAGACGUCUCUUCAGAUGACAGUCGUCAGUGGUACGAGGUGAUGCUUGCCCUGGCGGCCAAAUCAGCUUGCAAACAAGUCUUUACUUCUGCUGCUCAUCAGUGGAGAGAGCACAUUAAAGACUGGUAUGAGUUGACCCAUGCCAUCAACAAGUCUGAGGAGCGUAGGGAGCUACCCACCAUACCCCAACCUACGCACCAGAUGGAGUGGUUGGCUAGAAUCAAUUUUAAGCACAGAGCCAUGCGCCGCAACGUACCAGAGCAGAGACGUCAUAAAGUCUCCAAAAAACAAGACCUGAAUUCCUCUUUUUACGUCUACUAAAGAGGAGAAGGAUUUUGGCAUGGGACAGAUAGUUUGCAUAUGAAACUGUUAGAAAGUUAGAAUCCGAAACACACUGACUGCCACAAUCAUCACAGUACCGUGCACUGACUGUACUUGUAUUUUGUGUACCACACACUUUUUAUGGACCCAAGUGCCUGGCCUUACAUAGUGCUAUUUUAAUGACCAUCUCAGUGGUACCGUCACAAUCAUCAGUGUACCAUGCAAGGACUGUACUGGAAUUCAAUGCCACGCACCUUUCAUGGACCCAUAUAUGUUUGACUACACGUACAUACUGUGUUUUGAUAUAACUAUUGCAGUG